AUGGUAGCUCCGGAAAUUCAAAGGGACAUCGCUGAAUGUUACGCCGAGAUCAUAGUAAAAUCUAUUGUUGAUGAAAUUGGAGGCGGUGUGUUUUGCUUGUUGGUUGAUGAGUCUGCUGAUGUUUCUGACAAAGAACAGAUGGCUGUAGUUCUACGGUAUGUUGACAAGUUUGGAGCAAUCAAAGAAAGACUAAUUGGUGUUGUCCAUGUGAAUGAGACAUCUGCUGUAUGUCUCAAAUCCAAUAUUGAUAAUCUGUUUGGUAAGUAUGGAUUGAGCAUGAAACAAGUUCGAGGCCAAGGUUAUGAUGGUGCAAGUAACAUGAGAGGAGAGUUCAAUGGCUUGAGGGCUUUAAUCAUGAGGGAGAACAACUCAGCAUAUUAUGUCCACUGCUUCGCUCACCAACUUCAACUAGUUAUUGUGGCAGUAGCUAAAAAGAAUGAUGAUGUCAGUGACUUUUUUGACAUGAUAUCUCUUCUGAUUAAUGUAGCUGGAGCUUCUUGUAAGAGGAAAGAUAUGAUUAGGGAGAGUCAACAGGAGAGGGUGAAGAAAGCGAUUGGAUGUGGACAACUUAGCACGGGUACAGGAUUAAAUCAAGAGCAGUCGCUUCAAAGAGCCGGAGACACUCGUUGGGGCUCUCACUAUAAAACUCUUCUCAGCAUAAAUAACUUGUUCCCGGAUGUUAUUGACGUGCUAAAAUAUGUUGAGAAAGAUGGACCAAAUGAUGCAAAGAAACGUCAAGCUCGUGGUCUCUUAAAUUAUGCCAGUGAUUUUGACUUCGCGUUUCAUCUACACUUGAUGUUGCUUAUCUUAGGAUAUGCAAAUGCUUUGUCCAUAUCUUUACAGAGGAGAGAUAAGGACAUCUUGGAGGCUAUGCUAGAGGUGAAGUUGAUAAAGAAAAAAUUUCAGCAAAUCAGAGAUGAUGGUUGGGACUCUUUAUUAGAAAAAACUUACUCAUUUUGUGAGGAGUAUGGUAUUCCGAAGUUGGACAUGGAAGAACAGUACAUAGACCGGCAUAACCCAAGGAAGAAGACCAACCGCACUAACUAUGAGCACUACAAAUAUGAUUGCUUGAACCCUGUUAUGGACUUGCAACUUGGAGAGUUCAAUGAUCGUUUUACGGAGGUAAACUCAACUCUUCUUACCCAAAUGGCUGCAUUUAGUCCCAGGGAUUCCUUCGAUGCUUUCAAAGAUGAGACCUUGGUGAAUUUGGCGAAGUCCUAUUCUGAUGAUUUUAAUUCCAUCCAAUUGAAGGAUCUUGCACAUGAGCUUCCGUUCUACAUUGACAAUAUGCGGGCAGAUGAAAGAUUUGCGAAUCUGAAAACUAUUUCAGAACUUGCUAAGUUGAUGUGUUAG